CGCCCCUCCGCCGCAGCCGCCGCGCUCCGGGCCUGGGCAGGCGGCGGCGGCGCCGCGCCGGGCGGGCGGGGGGCCAUGCUGGGCAAGGACUACAUGCUGGCCAUCGUCCUGGUCAACUGCGACGACAACCUCUGGAGUGACCAGAGCCUGGAGACAGACCCUGACCUUCCCCCAGGCUGGAGGAAAAUCUGUGACUCUCUGGGUACCUAUUACUGGCAUGUGCCAACAGGCACGACACAGUGGCAGCACCCUGCACGCAGCACCGGCCCAGGAGGGCACACGGAGGCUGAUGGAGAUGAGACACUCCAGGGAAGGGAAUGCCAGGGCCCUGCAGGGAAGCACUCGGCGAAGGACCGGCCCAUUCCCAGCCCCAUGGCCUCGCUGUCCCGGAGGCACUCACUGUCCUGGCAUGGGGAUGACUUCCAGCACGGCGCAGAGCCCGGCUCCAAGUGCUUUGCUGUGCGCUCUCUGGGCUGGGUGGAGAUCCCCGAGGAGGACCUGGCACCUGGCAAGAGCAGCAUCGCCGUCAACAACUGCAUCCAGCAGCUCUCCAACAGCAAGGGCCAGGGCUCUGCGGAGGGCCAGGGCGAGGGCCAGGACCUAGUGAUGAUUCUGAAGAAGGACACCAUGAGCCUGGUGGACCCCCUGGACCGCAGCCUCAUCCACCGCCAGCCCAUCCUCAACAUCCGUGUCUGGGGCGUUGGCUGCAACAACGGCAGGGACAGAGACUUCGCCUUCGUGGCCAGUGACAAGGACACCUGCGUCCUCAAGUGUCACGUCUUCCACUGCAAUGUGCCUGCCAAGGGCAUCGCCAAGGCUCUGCAUGAGAUGUGCUCCAAGAUCGUGGCCGAGCGAGCUGUAGCGAGCAGCAGGCUGCCCCGCGCCGCCACGCUGGAGCCCAUCUCCGCCGAGGACCUGCCACUGCAAGUGGAUAUCCUAGAGGCGGUGAGGCAGUCGAUGCAGACCUACGAGGCGCUGUACAUCGGCAGCCUGCCCGUGCCCAGGGCCAUGGGGAUGGAUGUGUUGAACGAGGCCAUCGAGAAGCUGACGAGCCGCCCUGGGCGGGAGAACUGGACGCCGUCCCUCAUCUACGUGUCGGACACGGCCAUGAGGGUGCACCCGGCGCAGGUGGGGAGGGCACGGGGGCUGCGGCCGGACGGGCCCCGGGCAGAGGGUGCCGGGGGCUGCCGGGCUGGAUGGGCCGCGGGUCCCCGCGAGCCCGAGGAGGCGGCGCACAUCUGGGAGUGCCAGGUGCGGUACGUGACCUUCCUGGGCGUGGGCCGGGACGCGCACACCUUCGCGCUCAUCGUGGACACGGGGCGACGCUUCCAGUGCGCGGCCUUCUGGUGCGAGCCCGACGCGGGCACCAUCUCGGAGGCGGUGCAGGCCGCCUGCAUGGUGCAGUACCAGAAGUGCCUGGUGGCCGCCGCGCCGGGGGCCAAGGCGAAGAGCGCGGCGGGCCGGGGCCGGGCCGGGCGGGACAGGCCCGGCCCCGCCCCCUCCCGCCCAUCCCCGCCUCACGGGCCGGAAGGGGCGGGGCCGGGCGUGACGUGGCGGGAUGGCGGAGUCCUACGUGAAGCCGGGGAACCAGGAGCGCGGCUGGAACGACCCCCCCCAGUUCUCGUACGGGCUGCAGGCGCAGGCCGGGGGCUCCCGCCGGACGCCGCUCACCCGCCGGGCCCCCGCUCCGCCCGCGGGGGCACCGCCAGGUCAGCCGCCCCCGCAGGGCUCUGCCCCGCGGGCCGAGGGCCGGCCGAGCGCGGCGUGCCCGGAGCGGGAGGAGUGCAGCGUGUCCGCCGACGCCGUCCUUGUCCCGCUGCGGGCAGCCCUGGACGCCUGCCGGGCCACGGUGCAGAAACAAGUGUGCAAUGACAUCGGGCGGCGGCUGACAGUGCUGGAGGACUCGUGGGCUCAGGGGAAGCUGUCGGCACCAGUGAGGAAGAGGAUGAGCCUCCUGGUACAAGAGCUUCAGCAGCAGCGCUGGGAUGCAGCUGAUGAGAUCCACCGCUCGCUUAUGGUGGACCACGUGAACGAGGUGAGCCAGUGGAUGGUGGGCGUCAAGCGCCUCAUCGCUGAGACGCGGGACCUGCCCACCGCCGAGACAGAC